AUGGUGUUCGAGAACGCGUGUCUAUUCCUCCGCGAUGCACUCCUCUUCCGUGAGUUCACAGACGCGAUCAAGGGCGGCUAUUCCGGACGGAUCAUUCGCGCCCUCAAACAGCUCGCACUAGCCUACCGAGGAUGCGGACGGACGAAGUACGCGCAUGAGGUGUUGCAUCUCUUGCAUGCACUGACCUCCCUUUGGCCGACACCCUUGCGCAAUAUCAUGAUCAAGAACUGGCUCGUCAAUCCGACGGGAAAGCCGAACUCAUGGGUCCCUGUCGACCUACUCCAAGAGCACAUGAAUCUCUGGAUCAAGAGCAUCUACAAAGCACAAGGCAGCAAUGCGUCGUGGGAUUGGCUGUCUAUGGUUUCGCCUUGCGUCACAGCUCUCUGUGCCCUCGCCACCCAAAUAAACACGGGCUUCGGAAGCAGGCUGGGCAACAAGCACGGCACCCCAAAGCUCGACCGCGACAUCACGUCGCUACAAGACUCAAUCUCUGCUCACGGGAUAUUCGAACUGCAACUGGGCCGAUGCAUUCGUGGAGAUGCGAAGGCGGUAACCCCGAACAUCAUGGAUGUCGGAUUCCGAGCCCUUCAAGACGGUCCUCUCAAGGCCUACAACGAAUCGUUCACGCAGCUCCAGAAGCGCCUGCGCGGGACGCCAGUGGCGAACAUGACAGUUCCCGAGAGCUCCGACGCGGUCGUGCGCGGCAAUGGCGCAGCAGCGUGCGAGCCAGUCGAUGCGCCGGCCGCAGGUGUCAGUCAGGCUGACGCGGACGAUGCAGACGAGUCGGACUCCAGCGACACAGGCUCCAGUACAGGGAGCACGGACGACUAUUUUAGGGCCUAUGACAGCGACAAGGGAGGAUUUGCGGAGGAGGAGAAUCCAUCUUUAGAUAUAGAUGACUAUUGA